AGAAAAAAGUUCAACUUGCACUUUGGACUUCACUAAGCAGAAAAAUCUGACACUAUGGCUAUGACUUUGGGGUACUGGGACAUCCGUGGGCUGGCUCACACCAUCCGCCUGCUUCUGGAAUACACAGGGUCAAACUACGUGGAGAAGCUGUACUCCAUGGGCAACGCUCCCGACUAUGACAGAAGCCAGUGGCUGGAUGAAAAAUUCAAGUUGGGCCUCGACUUUCCUAAUCUGCCCUAUUUAAUCGAUGGGCCUCACCGGAUCACCCAAAGCAACGCCAUCCUCCGAUACUUGGCUCGCAAGCACAACCUGUGUGGGGAGACGGAGGAGGAGCAGAUUCGAGUGAACAUUCUGGAGAAUCACGUUCAGGACUCCCGCAUGAAGCUUGCCAUGAUAUGCUACAGCCCUGACUUUGAAAAACUGAAGCCCGACUACCUGAAGGGACUCCCCGAAACAGUGAAGCAGUUCUCGCAGUUUCUGGGGAAGAGGCACUGGUUUGCAGGAGACAAGAUCACCUUUGUGGAUUUCCUGGUUUAUGAUCUCCUGGACCGAUUUCGCAUUUUUGAACCUAAUAGUCUGGAAGCCUUCCCGAACCUGAAGGACUUCAUUACCCACUUUGAGGGCCUGAAGAAGAUCUCCACCUAUAUGCAGUCCCCUCGCUUCCGGCCGCACCCCAUCUAUACCAAGGUGGCCAGGUGGGGUAACAAGUAGUUCGCGGGGCAGCAACUGGAAGCCAGA